UAACAGACCCACCCCUUACGUUGGCUUUUAAGACGGUGCCUAUGGUUAUUUCUUUCGUUUCAUGAGCCUAUCAAGCUGUCCAGAAUAGGACAACGCUGCGCCUUGAUCUCUGGAGCUGGACAACUGAACUGAUAGUUGGUAAAAAUUGAAAUGGCUGACACAACAGAUCAGGAGACUCCCAUGGAGGUUGAUCCAUCAAACCCUACAACAGAGGCUGAUAUGACUUCUUCCAUGACUCGAGUGACUCCAUCAGCUCCCCCACUGAAUCUGAUAGGGCAGCAUCAUGCUUCUACUGCCUCAACUGGACGGCCAGAUGCAACAUUAGAUCACCACAGGACCACUGAGGUAGAUCUGCUUCCAGCAUCCACCUUCUCCACCUCAACCUUGGAAAAUCAUCAGCCUUCUAGACCGACACAUGUGGAUGGUCGGGAUGAUGCGGCUGGUCCCUCAGAUAUGUCUGAGGCCCCAACUGUUUUGGGUACAGUGUAUGCCAAUGUGCAGUGGCUUAAUCAACUUGUACCACAAAAACCAGAGAAAUAUCUACAAAAAGCCCUACAGACAUGGUUCAACAAGGUGUUUGCUGUGAAGACAAUUUCAUGUGAUUCUUUUUAUCUGACCGAUGACCGACUUACGUUCAAGAUGAUCUCUUCAGAGAAGAAGGAAGAAUUGUUAAAUGCUUUAGAUGCCCUACCGAAAGAAUUGGACCUGUGUGUCGAAGACGGUAAAGAAAAAGUAAAUUGCAAAGUUUGGUUUGAGAAGUCACCACCCAAACAACCUGAGACUGAGAAGCAUAUCCCAAAACAAGAAACACAUGCAGCUCCAAACGACCGUUCUAAUGGAAUGGUGCAGAGUGGACGAGCAGGGAGCGAGUGCAGUGUCCCUCUGGCCACCUACUGGUACAUGACCUCAGCAUAUCAAAACGAGCUACAAAGCAUAGAGAAAAAACAUAAAGUCAAAAUUCAGGCAAGUGUAAAAGUGACCAUGGAAGAGGCCCAGGCUACAAACAACAAUCUACAUACAAAUGAAGCACUUGAAGAGCUCAUCGACUUUGUCCAGACGCAUACAGGUGAUUUGGACAGUUUCAUUAUCCAUCUGGAUCAAGUGGAUUCAAAAGACCUACUUGAUGCGCUGAAGAGGGAUCCCAGGUUGCUUCUGUCUUGUUCCUCUGGUAAGCUCAGUAUAGUUGGUCCUAGCGAGAGCAUAAGGCGAGUUCAGAAUGUCCUGGGCAAUAAUUCCUCAAUACAUAUGCCGGCAUCCUUUGGGGCAUCUGGUUGGCCCCAGAAGAUCACUAUGGAUAUCAAGGACCCCCUGGUAACCAGUGGGCUGUCCAUGCCCCUGAGCCUCUGGAAGUUGUUAAAAGGGGCCUUUGAUCAGAACAUAAAAGACAUCCAAGAUAAAUUUGGUGUGAUAAUGAAGUGUGAGCCCUCUGAUGGUAAAGUCCUAGUGAGAGCCGAGCCCCGUGAUGGACAGACAGUUCCUCUAGAGAGCCAUGCCCUCAGAGCCCUGAUGCACAUCUACCAGAGGGUUGCCACGUCAACCAUGAGCUGCAGCCUGCUGGCUUCUGAUCGGAAGGCGGCUGUAGAGGACAUGCUGGGGGAAAUCCUCUCUCUGCACCCUCAUGUUUGGCCAGAAAAGAACUCGGGCUCCUUGAGACUGUUCGGCCUACCACAACAUUUGGGCCCUGCUGUCACUCAGUUGGAGAGGAAGAUGGGAGGGCCUGUUUUCAAGGAAGAGGACAAGCAGAAGAUCCUUUACUCUGGAGACGCCAGCUCCAGCGCUACAACAGCUAGUGACAGGGCAGGAGGCGGAGCUACAGGAAACGAUGAUGAAGAGUGUUGCAUUUGCCGGGAGACAUUUAAAGACAAGAAGACGUUACCAUGCAACCAUGGGUUUUGUAGCGAGUGCCUGCAGCAAUUAGUGGCGUCUCUAGGUCCUACCUGUCCUUUGUGCAAGUAUGUGUUCGGGGUGAUGGAAGGCGAUCAGCCUAAAGGGGUGAUGAAUGACAGGACAACGAACGAUAGACUACCUGGAUUUAAUGACUGUGGCACCAUAAUCAUUGAUUAUAACAUUUCGGGAGGAACUCAAUCGGAGAGGCACCCCCACCCUGGAAAGCCUUUUCACGGGACUAGUAGAACAGCGUAUCUACCAGACAACAAGGAGGGCCAAGAGGUCUCGAGGCUGCUACGGAAAGCGUUUGACCAGAAGCUUAUCUUCACUAUUGGGACAUCCAGAACUAGUGGGGUGGAAGACGCUGUGACCUGGAAUGACAUCCACCACAAGACCAACAUACAUGGUGGCCCACAGAGUUUUGGAUAUCCUGACGAUGGCUACCUGGCCAGAGUGAAAGAGGAGCUGAAAUCCAAAGGCAUCGAAUGAAGACGUUUAGAGAAGUCAAGCACCUGUGCCUGUAGCCCCCUGAACAGCUGUAAGAUAUUCAAGCUGUAGAACAGUCCUAUGCCACACCAGGGGUUUCUGAUCGUUCAAGUCUUGAUUCGUAUUUGAGUUUUGAUGAUUACGGGACACAUCAUGGAUAUAUAUAAUAAGGCCCUCCUGUAGAUUGAUUCUAAAUGGAAAUGUCUAUGGAAAGUAUAGUAUGUAAAGUAUGUUUAAAUCAUCAUUUCUUUUGCUUAUCAUGCACAGUAAGGGAAAUCCAGAAAAGCUGGUUGUGCACUUAAUGCAGUGACAGGGACUAGUGAUGCAGCAACACCCAGGUUCUACUGCCCUGUAUGAGGUAUCCUAGAAAGAUAACAAGCAUGUACUGUAUUACCCCAUGCAUUUGUUGCUAUGUGUCAACCAUAUCAUUACAUAUGAAUAUACUUGGGUUAUAAAAACGUACAAUGUUCACUUUAAUCUGUAUUCACUGCUGAUUGUUUUGCGUUUGGAAAAUGACAAUAAAAACUCCAGAGAA